AGGACCUGACCGCCGCCGCCCGCGCCGGCAAGCUGGACCCGGUGAUCGGGCGGGACGAGGAGAUCCGCCGCGUGAUGCACAUCCUGUGCCGCCGCACCAAGAACAACCCCGUUCUGGUGGGUGAGACGGGUGUGGGCAAGACUGCGCUGGUGGAGGGGCUGGCUCAGCGGCUGGUGGCGGGGGAUGUGCCGUACAGCCUCAUGGGCUGCCGCAUCGUGGAGCUGGAUGUGGGCUCCCUGACCGCCGGCGCCAUGAUGCCGGGCGAGUUCGAGGAGCGGCUGAAGGCGGUGCUGAGCGAGGUGGCGGCCUCGCGCGGGCGGGUGCUGCUGUUCAUAGACGACAUACACAACCUGGUGCCGGCGAUGGGGCAGCAGGGCGCCACCAUGCUUGACGGCGGCUCGCUGCUGAAGCCCUUCCUCAGCCGCGGCGAGCUGCGCUGCAUCGGCGCCUCCUCCACUGACAAGUUCAAGAAGACCAUUGAGAAGGACCCGGGGCUGGAGAGGAGAUUCCAGCAGGUGUUUGUCGACCAGCCCAGCGUCCCCGUCACCAUCUCCAUCCUGAGAGGCCUGCGACCCCACUACGAGAAGCACCACGGAGUGCAGGUGGGCGAGGACGCGCUGGUGGCCGCCGCCCAGCUGUCUGCUCGCUACAUCGCGGGGCGCUUCCUGCCGGACAAGGCAAUCGACCUCAUGGACGAGGCGACCGCGCAGGUCAAGAUGGACCUGACGCUGCGCCCCGGCCAGCUGGACUCGCUGGAUCGGCGGCUGAAGCAGCUUGACAGCGAGGUGGGGCAGCUGGCGGGCAAGGCGGCGAGCGGGCAGGACAAGACGGCGGCGGCGUGCCUGGAGGAGCUGAGGGCCGAGCGCGCCUCCGUGUCCGCCCAGCGCGACGAGCUGGCUGCCGCCUGGAAGGCGGAGCGGGAGGCGGGGCUGCGGGAGGAGGAGCUGCUCAUGCGGAAACAAUACCUGGAGAUGGAUAUCGGGCGGUUAGAGAGCUCCAUGGCGGUCGAGCAGGGCGACACUGCUGACGGCGGCGAGCAGGAGGAGGAGGAGGAGGACGAUGGGGAGCGGGAGGACGACUAUUACACGGGCUUCGAGGACGCCGCAGCAGCUGCAGCGAUGGAGGCAGCGGAGGAGGAGGAGGCGGCUGGGCCCCUGUCGAGUGGUGUGUACGGCAACGGGCUCGGCGGGCGAGAGGGGGCUCGUGGCGGCGGCGGCAGUAGCAUGGGUCGCACCAUGUUGUCGCAUUUGAAGGAGCAGUUGGCUGACGUGGAUAAGUCGUUGGCCAAGGUACGGCAGCAGCAGGCGGCGGCGGCGGCGGCGAACGGAGGAGGAGGAGGCGGCGGCGGCAAUGGUGGUGGUGGCGGGCGGCUGGUUCGUAACACGGUGACGGAGGGGGACAUCGCCGCCGUCAUUAGCCGCUGGACGGGCAUCCCGGUGACCAAGCUGGUUGCCAGCGAGCGGGAGCGACUGCUGGGACUGCAGGACGAGCUGCACCGGCGCAUCAUCGGGCAGGAGGAGGCGGUGGACGCGGUGGCGGAGGCGGUGCAGCGCAGCAGGGCGGAUGUGGCGGACCUCAACGGUCCCAUCGCCUCCUUCAUGUUCCUGGGACCCACGGGUGUUGGCAAGACCGAGCUGGCCAAGGCGCUCGCCGCCUACCUGUUCAACACGGAGGAGGCCAUGGUGAGGCUGGACAUGAGUGAGUACAUGGAGAAGCACGCGGUCAGCAGGCUCAUCGGCGCGCCGCCGGGCUACGUGGGGUACGAGGAGGGCGGCAUGCUCACGGACAGCGUACGGCGCCGGCCGUACAGCGUGGUGCUGUUUGAUGAGAUUGAAAAGGCCCACGUGGACGUGUUCAACGUGCUGCUGCAGAUCCUGGACGACGGCCGCAUCACGGACGCGCAGGGGCGCACCGUGUCGUUCAAGAACACCGUCAUCAUCAUGACCUCCAACCUGGGCUCGUCCGAGAUCUUCUCGCACGUGGCAGGAGGCGCGGGAGCAGCGGCGGGGGCCGCAGAGGAUGGGGCGGUUGCAGACGGGGGCAACGGUAACGGCGCCAGCAGCAACGGUAACGGUAACGGAGGUCAGGCGGACCGGGCGGCACUGAAGGAGAAGGUGAUGGAGCACGUGAGGAGUCACUUCCGGCCGGAGUUCAUCAACCGAGUGGACGAGUUCAUCACUUUCGACCCGCUGCAGCCCGCACAGAUCCGCCAGAUCGUCACGCUGCGGGCGCAGCGGCUGGUGGGGAGGCUGGCGGAGCGGCGCAUGAGGCUGCAGCUGACGGACCCCGCUGUGGAGUUCCUGGCCUCCCGCGGCUACGACCCAGCCUACGGCGCCCGCCCCGUCAAGCGCGCCCUGCAGCGCGAGCUCCAGACGCUGCUGGCGCAGGCACUGCUGCGGAACGCGUUCAGCGAGGGGGACACCAUCACCGCCAGCGUGAGGCCGGAUGGGGCGGGGCUGAUGCUGAGCAGGGCAGGGGCGGCGGAGAAGGAGG